AUGAAUCAAAAUUAAAGGAAAUUCGUUAGAUGUUACAAUUGUAAUCUCAAACCUGCAACCAUCAAAUGUUUUGAUUGUAACCAAAAUGAAAUAACAAAAUUAUGUUACAAUUGUGAUUCUGCAUUGCAUUUUGAAUGCGAUCAUUAAAAAGAAAUAAUUCCUUAUGAUAAAAUGGUUUUAAAUGAAGAAAGAACAAAAUCAGUGACUCCUGAAAAAUAACAAGAGUCUGUACCUCACUUGAGUUCUAUUUUGCGAUCUAGAAUUAAAAAGAAUGAAGAGAAUUCUAAUUCUCUCAUCAAUAAUGAUGAAUAAUUUAAUAAUAAUUAAAUUAAGUCUAUAGAACUAAAAUAUAAAAUAAAACUACAAGAAUAGGAGAAUACAAUUAAUUUAUUGAAAUAACAUAUAGAGAAUAUUGAGAACAAACAUAAAGAAAAUAUAUCAAAGAUGAAGGACCAAAUGAUUAAAGUCUAAGAUGAGAUGUUUAAAAAGUAAGAAGAAUAAUUACAUGAAAUAAACAAAUUGAGAAAAUCAUAUGAUGAUAAAAUAGCUCAAUAUGUCUCUUAAAUAGAUAGUGAAACUCAAUUUAAUAAUUCACUUCAAUCAAAAUUGGAUGAAUUAAGGUAAUCCUAUUUUGUAUAUUACAAGAAAUGUUCAUUAAAUUAAAUAACAAGAAGCCUAGUAAACAAUAUCUCAAUUAAGGGCUGAGAUUGAAAGAAGAAAGUUUACAGAAGAAUAAAUUUUAAUAGAUUCUGAAAGUCAACAGAUUAAAAUGAAAAAAGAAUUCUAGUAAGAAUUUGAAAAAAGCAUUACAAUAAUGAAAAAUGAUUGUGCUAUGUAAAUAGAAGAGUUGAAGUAAAUGUUAAGAGGAAAAAGCGAUUAAAUUUAAUUAUUACAAUAGUAAUUUUAAUAAUUGCAAAAUACAUCAAAGGAUAUUGAAUCUGUAUGGUCAAAGAGACUACACCAGGAGUAGCAAUAAUAGGAAGAGUUGAAGUAAUAGAUAUCUAAUUUUUAGAGUUAAGUACUCACAAAAUAAGGAGGAUUGUGAAGCUUUGAAAAAAGAAAUCAAAAAUCUCUAAUAAGAAAUAGAUAUAUACUAGAAGGAGAAUGAGUUGUUUCAGAAAGAAAAAAUGUCAUUAACUAAAUAAUUGAAUCAAUAAAUGGAGAAAAAAGAGAAAAUGGAUCGAUUCAUAUAUGGAUCUAAGAAAUCACAAACAAAAAUCAAAAUCUGA